AUGGGAGAGGGAAGUAGAGUUGUACGAGAUGUAUGGAGAUAUCAUCACUGGCCCCCAAAUGGACCGUUUACAGGGAGGGACGGAAGUCCUAUCGAAUGGUUGGAGGAACCGGUCAAACCAUUCGAAGAUCAGACUCCGAUGAAUGCUUGGAGGAAACAGGUAGAGAGAGGGGAAAUAAAGAAAGGUGUUGACCCUAACUUUAUUGGAUAUGACCCAUCAAUUAACCAAUACAACCGAGAAAAACUCCGCUAUCAUCACUGGCCUGCCAGAAAGGAUUUCCAGCAACAACAGAAACCAAGACCACACACGAAACCGGAACUGAAACCUAGUGAAAACCCAAAGGAAGAAACGGUCAAAGGCGAAAAGAAAAAUGAAAAUUCUGUGGAGAAAAAAGAACAGCAAUCUGAGAAGCGGAAUGUCUCUCCCAAAAAGUCAACCCCGCAGGAACAACCGAAGACGACACCUCGACCUAAGUACAAUAGCCCAAUUGUACAAUUUCUUAUUUGA